AUGGACCUUGACGUUGAGAACGAUGCUUUGGCUGAGAAGAGCCAACCUAAGAUUCGACCUAGUGUGACCACCUCCAUUAGAAUCUCUAACGCGAGCGCCAACGAUAUGUUAACCGCUGAUACCACUGCUCACGUCUUGAGCGCCACCAAUAACCAUGGCAGCGCCAGAUGGGGAAGGCUUGCCAAGUCCUACAGUGACCAAUAUGUCGAGCUCUUCACUGCUGAGUACGAAAGAGGAGAAGUGAAAAGACCUCUCGAAACAAGUCAGCUUGGAUCUGUGAUCUGGACUGGUGAAGAGAAGGAGACUUUCUUCGAAGCAUUGGCUCGUAAGGGUCGCCAUGAUCUUCAGGCUCUGUCUAACCUCGUUGGUACUAAAUCUGUCGUUGAAGUUCAGGAUUAUCUAUACAGACUUAAGGAAGCUGAACGCGAGCGACACAUGUUUUUCAAGCACGCUAAGCGAAUCGCUCACCCCGAAAUCGACGCUGCUAUUGAUAUCGAUGCCGAGCUUGAGGACGAGCUCGAGGAGGCGGCUGACGCUCUUGCAGCUCUUCAGGACUUCUACGAUGAGUCUGCGGCCAAAAGCAAGGGCGCGGGUACGCAAGUCAUCGAUUCAGCAUUUGCAAGCACUAUUGAUACAGCAAAUGACGCUAAAGAAGAUGGACACCAAGAAGAAGACUUGGAUACAGACGACGAUCAACAUGGGCUCCAACUCUUUCGAUUCGAUAUGCUUCUUGAACUCAGUAGGGCAUUGUUCAUGAAUAUGCCGAACUCUAGUCAACAUCACCACUGGCUUGAGAUAGCUGAAGACAAUGAGGAGCCUUCAAUCACCAUCGACGCAGUGGAGAGUCUGUUCAACCUUGUCAAAAGCAUAACUCAGCGUAUACUACAAACUGCUAUCUUCCUAGCGCAGUCGCGGAUACGAUCUACCACAAUCGCGAAUUACUCGCCUUCCAACGUAUUGAAGACUGACGAUAUUGACGCUGCAUUGAAUGUACUACGCAUGCCUGCUGACUCCUUCGAUUACUGGAUAGACUACCUGAAGCGAAGCCGGUCACAAAUCGUUCUAGGCGGUCACAGGAAAGGGGAGCAGAAAGCAAUUUUGGCGCUGGGAGACGCUCAAAGGAUGUUGUCUGUGCGGGGCACAAGAGGUAGAAGACGAUCUCUCUCCGCAAUCAAUAUGACCUCUCAAAAGCUGAAUGGAGAUGCAGGGCACAUUGAGGAAAGAACAGAUCAGCAUUUUGACGUUAUCAGUGACGACGACGACGCCAGUCACAGCUUUGAAGCAAGCCGGACUGCUCAAUCCUUGGACUUUGAUGGAGGUUCUCACGCCGAAGAAGAAACGGCCUCAGGAAAUGAUCGCAGACAUUCGGAUGAUGAUACAGAUAGAAGUGGUAAUUCGCAGCGCGGCCUUAGUGGUGGUCGUCUGAGUCACAAGCGACGCCGUCUGAUGUUGGAAGAGGCGGAGGACGAAUUUAUGGAAAGUCUGGAUCACGCAGCUAGCAUUCGAGAAGGCAACUACAUACGCUCGCUCCUUGGCAUCAACAUCGGAGAGGGUGAACUUGACUUCGAGCCAGGACGUAGGCCGCCAAAGUUCAGGAAAACGAGGGAGGAAUUGGCCGACUGGACAGACAUAAGUUACAAAAGUCCUUGGGAGCACGGCUGA